UUGCAAAUGAAACAAAAAAGCAUUUCAUUCUGUGUAGAAUUAGAGGAAACGUUUAGGUAACAGAGGCUUUUAGAAAAAUACUAAUAAAGUCAGAUUUAAAUCACAAGACUAGCAAACACACUGCGAUAAAUACUGCACUAGUGAAACUGUGUUUUCUGAUGACUGUAUGAGUAAUUUUGAUGCAGAUAUUUGAAGAUUACUCAGGACAGUGUGAUUGCGUUUUUUUCUAUUGUGAUUUUUGUUCACUCCCUGUGAAUGUCUGAAAAUGAAAAGCAGUAGCAGAAGUAGUGUCUCACUGGUAACUAAUAGGAGGAGUAACAGAGUGAUACAAUGAGUGAAGGCAGGAUCAGAUAGAGACAGAUGAGCUAAGACAUCACAUCGGAAACAUGGGGACUGCUUCCAAUUCUACUGGUGGUCAACCAUCCAUGGAUGAAAUUUUGAAAAUAGCCACCCUUGUCAUCUACAGCAUCAUAUUCAUAGUGGGGGUUUUGGGCAAUAGCCUGGUCAUCUAUGUGACUGGCUUCAGGAUGAAGAGAACAGUCAACUCCGUUUGGUUUCUCAACUUGGCCCUUGCUGACUUCCUCUUUCUGGCCUUCCUGGUUGUCUCUAUCAUCUCUGCUUCUAACAAUAAUGAAUGGCAAUUUGGAAGGUUCAUGUGCAAGCUCAACAACUUUGUUAGUGUUGUCAACAUGUUUGCCAGCAUCUUUCUUCUGACAGUCAUAAGUCUGGAUCGUUGCUUGUCAAUCUGGGUGGUGGUGUGGGCACAAAACAAACGCACAGUCUGCAAGGCUCAGGUCACAUGUGUUGUCAUCUGGGUGACAGCUGUGGUCUGCAGUAUACCUUAUGCCACUUUUCGUGAUCUUCGGGAGGUGAUGGGGAAGACAUACUGCAGUUAUACAAUAUCUUUCACAAAGGACAGACAUUAUAAACUCAUGAUUUUCCGCUUUGCUAUGGGCUUUCUCAUCCCAUUCCUUGUAAUAUUUGUCUCCUAUGUGGCCAUUGGUGUUAGGGCAGGGCGUCUACAGAGGACAAGGAGAAAGAAAUCCUGCAAAAUCAUUUUCUCCAUCAUUCUUGCAUUCUUCAUCUGCUGGUUGCCGUUCCAUGUUAUGCAGUUUUUGCAGUCCAGUGAUACCCAAGUUCACAAGAUUGUUGUAAAAAUUGGAGGACAACUGUCAGUGUGUCUGGCUUAUCUCAACAGCUGCCUGAACCCCAUUCUCUAUGUGUUCAUGUGUGAGGAAUUCCAGAAGAAGCUCCAUCGCUCCGUAUGCUUUGUCCUAGAGAGUGCCCUGGCAGAGGACCAUUUGUCGUUCAUGUCCUCUCGCUCACUGUCAUCACAACUUUCUCGGAUUAGCCGGAAGUCUGAUGCUGCUGCACCUUUGGGGGAGAAAGCUGUAGCCACUAGCUUGAAAUACACAGAGGGCACCGUGUUCAGCACUGAAGACAGAGAGUCUGAGCAAGGACAAUUAUGUGCUUAAUUGGUUUGUAAAUGUGUUCAUAUUAUAAUAAAUAUUUGAUUGAAGGGUUUAGUUUUUUAAGUUCGAUUGUAUUUUAUUUUUAUUGAUGACUGAACAUUCCCUUGUAACAACCAUUGCUUGUUUUAACCUGUUAUUCUAAAAAAAUUAUUGUGUGUCGUUUAAUCACUCCUGAUAUGUUCUGUGAUUAGCAAUAAUUCAUAAAACAAACUGUUUGCUGAUUAUCAACAAAUGUUUUGCAUUUAACAUUUAACCUAAAAUGUAAUUAAAAGACAAGUUAAAUAAUUGAA